AGAAAUAGUUCGCGAGCCAACAGCUAGGGUCCGCCGUCACUGGGCCUACAUCCGAUGACGGUUUGAGCCCGUCUUAUAGCGGUCAUGAUCCCCGACAUUCCAGGCCGACUCAAUGCAUCUCCCCUGGAAUAAUGGGGGCGAAGAUGAAGCCCCAUACCAGUAUAGUAUACCCUUCUGCAUUUGAAAUCAAUCCAACCGAGCUCAAUAGCCUAGAUGCAGACAUGCGCUAAUGGCAGGGGCAGUGCUAAGGGUAGGGGCAGGGACCCUGUAAAUUAUUAAAGUAAUGACAAUAUAAGAAAAGAGGAUCAAAAAGAAAAGAAUGAAAAAUGAAGAGAAAAUAAAGAUAAGCAUAAAGAGAGAUAUAUGCCCUGAAAUUCGAUUGAGAAAAAAAUAAAAUGAUCUUACCCCGCCCAGCACUCCCCUUCACCUCCUUUAUCAAAAUACCCUGACGCCGUCCCUUGCUUUAGGUAUAUACCAAAUGAUUAACUGCAUACCCUUUCCCCGGUGAUCAGCUACAUCACUAUUCAUUCGGUAUACCUCCAUGUCUGUCGCUAAUUAUUCCCGCCAAAAAAGACGAUUUGGUUAAAUACGCGGAAGGAUAUUUUCUUUACAAAUUGUAGCUGUUGCAAGAUCAGUCUACAAUGGCUACAAGCGAAGACAGCAAAGAGUUGAAUCACGUCGGACCUGGUCCGCCUGAAAAUAAAAAGUUGACUGAACGGCUCUCGGAUGAGGAGCUAUUGGACCUUAUUCCGACCUUAGAGAAUGGAGAUUUCUAUCCGAUUGGUCUCAAGCUCGACUAUGAUAAAGACACCCUUAAUCAAAUCAGAGGUGAUCACCCAGAUGACAUAAGCGCGGCCUUCAAGGCCCUUUUUCUCAGUUGGGAGAAUUACGUCACAGUUUCGCCCAAAGCAGCCAGAUUAAUGCUUGCUGAAGCACUCAAGUUCGUCGAGAGGAAAGAUCUAGCCGGAAGAGUUAUAGGUGAACAGCCAAAAGACGAGAAAGAACGUGUUGAAUACAUGUGCAAUAAACACAGCUUCAGGGAAGCAUCCUACUACUGUAAAAAGAGUAAGGAUAAAAUAUGCGAGCGAUGUCUGGAGGAAUAUGACACAGUGAACAUCGUCCCCGUCAAUGAUAUGCACAUCGAGAUCAAACACAGGUUAAAGAGCAGCUUCGAUCGGCUGAACCAGGCCAGAGAUCGUCUUGAGAGGAUUAGGGAGCAAGGAAAGGGUGGCAUGACCGGUAUGAUCACGAAGACACAAGUUGGUAUCCAAGUCAUGCGUGAAGGUAUUUACAAAGUAUUCUCCGAAGCUCAUGACAUGAUGUCCAAGGAAAGGGAUGCACUCAUUGAGAAAGCGAACGUCUUGGAGAGGUCGGCGAGCCCAGAGGUGUAUGGGUUCGCUUUGUCGAAGCUGAAGAAGUGCGAGCUGGCCCUGAUGGAGGUGAAGGAGAAAGCACAGUAUGUCAACGACGUCACCAAAUUCGAAUCUGCGUCUCAGAAGAUUGAUGUCAUUCUAAAUGCUUGUCUUGAUAGGGGACCCCUUAUGAACCUGAACAAGCUGGAUAUGAAAAUGGUAGCGUGUCCUUCGGUUUACCUGGGCCACCUAGAGGAAGUCUCCGGAUGGGAAUUUGUGGAGCAGUUUGACCUUCCCGAAGACAAGAAGGAAGAGAUGAACGUCUGCAUCAAACUGACGGAUCGGAAAAUCGUGGUGGGAUACAGGCUAGGUGGAGCGGAUAUAAUAGAUCUAGAUACCAAGAAGUCGAGCAGAAUCGCAUAUGAUGUUAGGAUCAGCAGUAUGGCUCUCAUGAGCUCGGGACACAUUAUUCUCUGUACAACAGACAAUAAACUAGGCAUGAUCACACAGGCAGGACACAAAAUGUCUUCAUUUUUCUUCACUCAAAAGACCAACAAACCAUGUUGCGUGAGCGUCGACGACAAGGAUACGAUAUAUAUGGGUUACUCAGAGUUCAGCAACAUCGAGGUCUUUGAGACAACUGGCGGAUUCUUGAGGAACAUCGCCACCGUCCUGCAGCCAUGGUGUAUGUCCAUCAUGAAGUCGGGCCACAUCGCCGUCACCGAAUGCACCAUAGGUCUUAGAGAUGCUGUCGAGAUCAUGAGCCAGGAAGGACGUCCCGUGGGACACAUCAUCGGUCGCUUGGGAUGCUCUCCUUUCUCCUGCAUCGACGAAGCGGGCAACAUCUUCGUCGCUAUGGUAACUAAUGAUGGGAGAUGCACUCUCAGAAAGUAUUCCCCAACUGGAGACCACCUUGAGACCGUUGUCGAGGAGCUCCAGUUAGAGUGGCACGAGCAGCGUGAGUGGCUCCAGCUAGCCAGUCUGUCACCUAAUGAACUUGUUCUUUGUGAUAGGGGAUCUGUUUAUGUGUACCGACGAAGACCAACACUUUCGAUGAUGACCACAAUUAUAGGAUCAGACUGAUUACCCUUGAUGUUAAAUCAGGGCCCCAUCUUACAAAGAGUUACGUUUGAUCCAAUCAAUCGUAACUCUAUGGAAAUCCAUCCGUGUCAUAAUUUUUUCUACAGAAAAUUUGCCAAAUGUGUUUUGUAAACAAAGGAGAACAGACCAAAUUGUCAAUAAAUCAAUGAAUUUAUGGAUACACAUUCAUAUCUCGAACAAUUUUUGAACAAACAUGCAUUUCAUAUGUUGACUUUGCUGGCUUUCCAUAGUUGUCCAUAGUUGCGAUUGAUCAGAUCGAUCGCAACUCUUCGUAAGACGGGCCCCUGAUGUGUAUACCAUAGCAAAUUUUUCAUAGCACGGGACAGUUAAAAAAACUGUUCUAUACGACUGGAGUGUCUGGUGACCCAAUCGAUCCCUAUAGGUGACUUAGUAUAUUGUCUUAUUCGUGUGUAAAUUCAUGCACAACUUAUGAAAAGCUUUGUGAAACGCCACACUGGAACUUGAAUUUGAAUUAUAUCUCCAUAUAUCUAGUGGUCUUUAUCUGUACGAAGAUUCCCUCUACCUGAAACAUGCCUGCAUAUUUGAUGAUGAUAAUGAACAACUAUUGUGUAGAGUCAUUUAUCUAUUUUAAAAAAAGGUUACAAAUAUAUGGGUAAGUUUUACAGUUCAUCUAUUUCUCCAAAUCGAUUACCCAAAUUUGAUCAUCUGAGGACCUGUAUGUACCCCUUAUCAGGUUGUCAGACUCAGACAUAGGUUACUGAGAUGAAAUAGAUUAAUCUUAACUAUCUUCGAUAGGAGCGUGGUUCAUUCUGGCUCAUACACUAUGUGCAUAUCUGUGUGUGAUCAUCAAGAAAAAGAGUUAGUUACCCAAUAUUCCCUUUCUCGGCCUUUUAUAGCAAGAGCGCUUAUUAUCGAAUGUUAAACAUUUUAUUGUACAGUGAACUUAUGGUCUCUUCUAAUAAUUUGUACUGAGAGUAGUAUUUACCUGUUCGUUACACUUUUUCAUGCCGAUACUAUUUUGUUCAGAAGUCUGGUCUAUCAAGUUCCCCAUAAUGAAUUUAACUAUGAGGUUUAUCAACAUUAGGGAGGGAUAUCUAUAUAUGGGAUAUACAUGUAUGUAUAUAACUUACGACGAACACACUAUCAUGACUAUGUUUUAUGUAUACAUUGUACGGGCGUUUUGUUGUGUAGAUCAUAGUCAUGGUGUUGAGAAUUUAUGAAUAUAUUUUAUAUAAACCAGGGGACAUCAAAUCUUCAGAUUUUAGUGAUAUGGAUAAGACGACCUACAUGUGACGUCAUGAUUUUCUUCAAUUGAAUAAUAUGAGUUUGCAUAUAGGGAGUUAGUCUGCUACUCACUUAUCUCCCUUUGAUCUGCCGA